AUGGAACGCAUACUAGAAUUAUUCCAUAUAUAUUUGAUUGCUCUACUGACGACGUUGACAUUAAGUGUAUGUUCUUUACUCGCAAUAAUAAAUAUGAUAUACAAUCGAUGCUUAAAAUUGCAAGAUUGGGAGAAUAUUUUGAGAAUCACAUUAUCACAAUUAAUUAAUGAUGGUUAUGUUGGUGGUAAGGUUACAGUUUUACCCAGUGAUAAAUCAUUUGAAAUUCUGCUUAAGCUAGGUUUAGCCUUGGAACCAAAGGUUUUAGAAGAGGAAUACAUAAAUUCGAAAACAAUGAAACUACGGGAGACUAUUCUAAACGAAAUUUAG